AUGGAGAGGGGCAUGAUUUAUCAACAGAUAUCCAUAGAUUUGAUUCUCCACUCAGACGUGGAGGAGAUCAACAGAAUCAGGGGUCGUCUUGACGUCCUGUCCAACUCUCUAGAAGUUGAUAGGGCAAGGAAGAGCUCAUGGAACCCCGCACAAAUCAUAAAGUCAUACUUGUUACAUCGACAGCAUGUUGAACAGAGUCUGCAGAUUCUACAAUUGGCCCGGGGUACUUCAAACACCAUCUUGAGAAAGUUACUUACUGCAGAUCUCUCGGUCUGCGAAACACUCUCAAGUAGCACAGCAAGCUUUAUCACUGCGGUUGAAUACAUGACUCAUGAGGCGGAACCUGCAGAUGAUUGUGGAAAUGCUACUGAGGAGUUUCAAGGAGGCCCGCCACAGUCAUCCGGGUCUGACGGCGACGAUAAUCAAGGCCAAGAUCAAGUGGAGUUUCAAGGAGGCCCGCCACAGUCAUCCGGGUCUGACAGCGACGAUAACCAAGGCCAAGUUUUUGAUCAAAUAAGAAGCGUCUUUGAGGGUAUUCAAGGUGUGCUCACCGCCCCUCAAGCCUCGGAAAGGGCUAUAAAUGUGAACCUUUUCUUUCACAACAUCUUACACAUGGGCUCGGGACCCAGUACCAACCCAAUGGUUGCGAGUGGGUCAAAUCAUAUGGGUGGAAACGGUGUACGUACAACUUCCGUUUCCCCACCAUCUGCACCAAAUGCAUCUCAGGGCCAAUGA